AUGGCGUCUUUUCGAUUCUGCGCCGAGUGCAACAAUAUGUUGUAUCCAAGAGAAGAUAAAGAGAAUUCACGGCUCUUGUACUCUUGCCGAAAUUGUGAUUAUACUGAGUUGGCUGAGAAUCCCAAAGUUUAUCGUCACGAAUUAAUGACAAAUAUUGGAGAAACUGCGGGUGUUGUUCAAGAUAUAGGAAACGAUCCAACGUUGCCAAGGUCAGAUAAAGAGUGUCCGCGUUGUAGCAAUAAGGAUUGUGUGUUUUUCCAGUCACAGCAGCGGCGUAAAGACACAAGUAUGAUUUUGUUUUAUGUGUGCUUGGAGUGUAAAAAAGUAUUUAGAGCUUGA